AUGGCUCCCAACUUUCUUCGAUACGUUCUGAGCACCCUGACGAUUUCGGCAGAAGCAGGGUUUUCCCUCUCCACUAGCGAACUCUUAGCGCUAUUUCGAGUCCACGAAUCCGCAGCAGCAGGGAACCAGACGAUCCCCCGCCCAACUGUUGACUUCUUGUCCUUCUUUCGAAUCGUUUCCGAGGGUGAAACAAAUUGGAAUUCCUUCACCCUUCAACGUAUUCAUAAAGCGGGGCUCGCCAUUAAAGACGGUCAGACUCACCCCCUCGAUCCUCUUCACGAAGAGAAAGACGUCUCGAGCCUAAAUGCUCGAGAUAAAAGAAAGAUGCAAGAUGAAAUCAAGGCUCUUAAGGAUCAGCUAUCCAAAAUCGGGAGAAAGAAACGGAUAGCUGCUAUCUCCAGGGUUGGUAACUUCCACAGGAAGACCCUCUUGGUUGAUGACGGUUCAUUAGAAGUGGCCCUGUCAGCCGCGGUGGAUACUCAUGGAGCCGAGAUCCUUAACGACCCUCUUAUCGCCACCGUAAUUUGCCCUUCCGAACAAGGGCGUGAGGGAGAAGUAACUUCCUCUCCUUGUACAAAGAGGAAGGCUCCAGAUUCAGAUAAUCUAUCAAACGAGAGACUUAAAACCGUGAGAUUAAGUUCUCCGCCACGAGUCUCUAGCCCUCUACGUUCUGUUUCUCCCUCUUCAGAACCUUUAAACUCUGAGCUCCCUCUUCCGGGAGACAGAGUAAUUUCAAAGGAAAUAGAUGAGCCGAGACCGGAGGCUCCCCUAUCUCAAGGACUGAGUGUUAGGACUCAAAAUCCUUUACCCGCUUCGAUUUCAGGCGGAGAAGAGAUUGAAGACAUCUUCCGAAGUGUCCAAACCAGGGAAGGGGCGUCCCUUCCUCCUUUUUCUGUUUGGAGGCCGGAAAUCCGUCAGAUGUUCGCCAGUCGAGCUUGCUACCUAUCCCAGGCGUUUAUGGAGACUAAUGGAAUGAUCUUCCAUUAUGAGAACCUUCUUCAUCAAGCGAAGAGAGAGACUGCUAAGGCUAAGAAGGAGGCUGAGCUAGAAGAGAAUACGGCUUUGUUCGAAGAAGCGAAUCAAGAGAUCAAGCUUUUAACUAGGAACACGGCUCGCGAUAUCGCUGAAGCCGAACAUAACGCUCGAGAAGAGAUGAGGGGAUUUGGUAGGCAACUUAUUCAAUCUGUUACGAAGUUCAUCAAGGACGAAGAGGUCUGGACUAAACUUCUAACCGAUCGAGCCGAACUGAAGAGCAAUCUAGACCUGAUUAAGGAACUAGAGGCUGGAAGAGUUUCGUUCGAGAGCGAGAGGAGCGAAGUUGCUGCCGAACUCGCUGUGGUUGAAUCCGAGUUAUCCUCGGCUUCCCGUCCUACUCUUGAGCUGAAACAAUUUUCUUUGGUAUUUGGAGAUUCCCCCUAUCAAUUCGAGGUAGGUGAAGGUUCUCGGCCACACGAGGGUUCUCCUGAGGCAGAGGGACGCUCUUAA